AUGCCUCCACGAAUCCCAUUGAGGCCAAUCGCAGGCCGCGCCGCCUCUUCCCUGACGGCCGCAAAGCAGAAUACCGCGAUCCCUUCGCGCGCAGUAUGCCUGUUCUGCUCGCUUUCCGCACCCUCGCGGCCUACGACGAGAACCAAUGCCACCACCAACAGCCGCAAUCAAGCAAGAAAGGCGUUGAGACAACGCCGCUUCCAGUUCACCGAGUCGACAGCAUCACUACCGCCACAAGAGACCAUCGCACCCGAGAACCCGAGGCAAGAACUCAUCGACACCCUCCUAGAGCUUCAAAAACAUGCCGUCAACCAUGUGAACCUCUCCCGCCUACAGCUCGCGCUCCAGGGCCUGCGCCAGGAUCCAGGCCAGGAGUCGAUCCGCAUCGCAAUUCUCUCCCUCGCCAACGGCAGCGCGGAGCAGGGCAAGGCGGCAAAGGACCUUCUCCGAUUACUUCUCGCGGAUCCCCUGGGCGACGAGGCGGAGUGGGAAAGGGAAUUAGCGCAGCAUGACCCGUCGCACCCGCUCGUGGUGCGCAUCGGGCAGGAGCAUAACGCCGCGGAGGCCGCGCCGCGCGUGACGAUAUCAAAGACGAAUCUGCUGCACGAGCUCGAUGUGUCGUCGCCUGCGUUGAAUGGACACGGGGUUGAGCUUUUGCUUAUGGAGGUGAACCCCUUUAGUUCUGUCCCGGGACCGGGCGAGAAGGCGGUGCAGGAUGUUGAGGAGGCUGUUCUUGUGCCGACGGUGGAUAUCCCGUCCAACACGGGGCGGUACACGCCUAUUACGACGCCAGUGCACAAGGCUUUGGUUGUUUCUGGGGGCGUUAUGGGCGCUGCUUUGGUUGCGGCCCUGCCGUUGGCCGAGUAUCGUGAUACCGUCUUUGGUGCUGUCAACUUGCCAGAGUAUUCUGUGGAGAAGGAGGCGGGCGUCACGUUCCAGCCGAUUGAUGUGUCGGUGGGCAGCAAGGGACUUGAUCUUAUUCGCCAGAAUAUUGCCAAUGCUAUGGAGUAUGAGAGGGCAUGGUACAAGAGUAAUGUGCCUGUCCUUAUUCAAUGGCUCAAGACAGGCGUGCAGAUGGACGAGGGCCAGGCUACCAAGCCAGCAGUUCGUCUCCUGGUCGCCUCACUACUCCGCAACGCCCUCGCAGAGAUUGAAGCCGAGGAAUCGCGCUUGCUUUCAGGACGCCUGUCCACGGAGGCCGCGUCAUCCGGGCUAACCGUCAUGAACGAGAGACUGGCGCAGUGGUCCCAGUUCGCGCACGAGGAGCUCCAGCAGCAGCUCGACCUCGCGUUCGCGGGCACGAGAUGGCGCAAGCUGGGCUGGUGGAAGCUCUUCUGGCGAGUCGACGACGUGGGCGUCCUCACGACCGACAUGCUCAGCCAGCGCUUCCUCCCCGGCGCAGAGAGGGAGCUGGUGUACCUGGCCGGCCGCAUCGCCGAGUCCGGCGUCGCUUCGACCACCACUGAACCACCGGUGUACGCGCAGCCGACAUCCGAACUUCAGAAAUCCCUGCCCGAGAGCAGCACCGUCGCCAAGGCCGUGACGCAGAAGCCCAAAUGGCCGACACACAUCGCCUUCACGCGCCGCUACCUCCACGAGGAAACCGUUCCCGCACUACAGGCCCUCGCGCAGAAGCUCGUCCUCCAGGCCUCGAGCACCUCGGCCUUGACGACGGCGCUUGCGGGUCUGCUUUACGUAUCGCAGUACGCUUCCUCCAUCUAUGAGGCCGGCGCCGUCGCGGCGCUGGGCGUGAUGUGGAGCCUGCGCAGGUUGCAGACCAAGUGGGAGACGGCGCGGACGUACUGGGAGGGCGAGGUGCGGGAGGAAGGGCGCAAGGCGGUACGGGGUGUCGAGCAGAGCGUUGCGGAUACGCUUGAUGGGUCAAGGGAAGGGGCUGCUGUUGAGGGCGCGGAGGAGCUUCGCAGGGCCAAGGAGCUUGUUGAGAAGGCCGAGGAUGCGCUUAAGCGGUUGAAGUAG